UUUACCACGUUUCAAGCGACUCGGAUUCUUUUAGUGACGAAAGGCUUCACCUUCAAAAAAGUUUAAAGCAUGAUAGGUUUCGACAUUCUAAAAAACUUGGAUCAACUUGCAGAUCGCUUCAUUUUGUGUUGGGGGAGGUUAUGGGUGCAACUCAAAGUAAAGCAAAAAAGGAAAUUGUAGAAAAGCAGGUUGUAAAGGUACAAAAAGAUAUUUUGGAUUCCCAUGUUGUACAGUAUCUACAAGAAAACUAUGGAAAAGAUGAAAGUUAUGAAUUGUUAGGUUACGUUUCUUCCUCGCAUGAAGAUGAGUCGUUAAGUGACUCUAACAAGCCUUCUUUGCCAACUCACAACACGAAUAUAAUUUCAACCGAUUAUUCGCUUUCUUCUUCUUCACAGGAUAAGCUUGAGUUGGAGUCGGAUAUCUUUGAAUUUGAACAAAGCGCAAAAAAACAAAAGGAAGCAAAUGAUCGUGAGCAGGAUUCGUUGAAAAUGCAUGUAAAGCAUCAGGGACCUCAAAUCGGUCAAGAGAGGAUGCAGAAACUGUAUGGGAAAGGUUUUCAACUUUUAAAGCAAAUGGGGUACACCGGUGGCGGGCUGGGUAAGAAAGGGACUGGAAUUGUAGCACCCAUUCAAAGCCAAAUACGCCAUAAAAAAGAAGGAUUAAAAGAACAAGGAUGGCGCGAGUCAAGUAACAAAAAUUUCGCACACGACGAUGAUCCUGCAUUAAGUGCAUUAGAUGAUCUUUUAAAUAAGCAACGUUCCAGCUCAACUACUUAUGAUGAGUGGCAUGUUAAUAAAGAAAAACGAUCGGAGACACAUUCCCACAAAAAAACAAUGAAAAAGCAUAAGGUCCAAUUCACUACAUCGGAUGAAUUGAUUCAAAGCGCCUCUGAAACGUAUAAAAAUAUUUUAAAAAAAAAUGCCUCAGCAUCGGCGGAUACGAAUCCGAAGGAUGGAAUGACAGAAACUUCUUGUUCUGAACGGUUAUCUAAGCGGUUUGAAAAAGUAAAAAAAUAUAGUCAUUUUUUAAAAGAUCUUCACGCAGAAGAAUGUUUGUUACAAGAUCCUUCACAAUUUCGAGUUGUUGAUAUGACAGGACCUACAACACGGGUCAUUAAUAAUUUAUCGGAAUUUCAACUGCAAGCCGUUUUUUGUAUUCUCAUUUAUACAAAGUUGAAUGUCGUUUAUUGGAUCGUACAAAAAAAAAAGUUUUCGAAGAAGAAAAGCUACAAAAAGCCAUGGAAGUCUUGA